AUGCCCCCGCGACUCCGGUGCCCGGCUUCGCGGAGCCUCGUCCCCUCGCUCUCCCGGACCAAGACUCUCGCUCGACCGGCCGCAUUGCAAUAUGCCACCGCAGCGUCGGCCUCGUCGGCUAUAUCGGCAUUGCGUCUGCCGGAUGAUUACGUUCCCCCGACCCAGCCACCGAGCGCUCGCCGUCCAGAGUCCCGGAACUCGCAGCUUUUACGAACCUACACCUCCCUUAUCCGCUCCACUCCCCUAGUUCUUCUCUUCCAGCACAACAACCUCACGGCAAACGAAUGGGCAGCCCUGCGGAGAGAAUUGAAAUUUGCACUAGCCGCCGUUGGGUCCCCGUCCGCCGACCCGGGCGCCACCGCGGCGAGCGCCGCCGACGACCUCGCCGCCAACAUCAAGCUCCAAGUGAUCCGGACGCGCAUCUUCGACGUCGCCCUCAGGGUCGUCGAGUACUUUGACCCGGCAUCCGUGCGCGGCGCCGCCACGCCGGGGUCCAAGUCGAGGCCGAAGCCGAAGAAGUCGUACAACCACGACCUGUCCAAGGCGGCUCACGCGGCCAUCAAGGCGGCCAUGGCCGACCCCUCGGCGCGCGCCGACGCCUCGUCCACCUACUCGCAGCUCUCGCCGCUGCUGGUGGGGCCCCUGGCGCUGCUCACCAUCCCCGCCGUGUCGCCCGCCCACCUCGCCGCCGCCCUGCGCGUCCUCGCGCCAAGCCCGCCCGCGUUCCCGGCGCCGACGAGGCGGAAGAACCCGGGGUACUACGAGCCCGUGGUGCAGAGCGCGCUCCAGAAGCUGCUGCUCGUCGGCGGCAGGGUCGAGGGCAAGGUCUUCGACACGGACGGCGUGCGGUGGGUCGGCGGCAUCGAGGACGGUAUCGACGGCCUGCGGGCCCAGCUGGUGGCUCUGCUGCAGAAUGCCGGCCUGGGCUUGACGACCGCGCUGGAGGGCGCGGGAAAGAGCUUGUGGCUGACGAUGGAGAGCCGUAGGAGCGUGUUGGAGGAGGUGGAGAAAGGAGAAGCUGCUGGGGAGAAGGGCGAAGCUGCCGAGGAGAAGGGCGAAGCUGCCGAGGAGAAGAAGGAGGCGUGCCCUCUUCACCCUCCCCGAUUCUUCCCUCCGGAACCAAUCCAUUCCCCAAACCACAAAAUGGAUUUCGCACCCUACCAGUCCUCUCCUCCCGAACACGGCCGCACCCUCUCCCCCGAGGCCACAACCUCGCCCCGGGCGUCCUGGGACUACGCGCGGCGGUCAUUCUCGCCGCAGGCGACCCCCGCGGCGGCGGCUCCCUCUUCGUCCUCGCCCCCGCUCCUCCAGCACCCGCAGCCGCAGCGCGCGUGGUCCGGCGACGGGAUAAGGAGCCCCGCGGGCGCGGCCGGAUACCAGAGCCCUGGCGUCGGUGGUGGCGGUGGCGGCGGCGGUGGUGGGAUGGGGGACUACUUCGGGGCGCUGGGCGCGAGGGAGGGGAUGGUGUCCGAGUUCGAUACCAGCCUGGGGCUGAGGCUUGACUACGAGGCCUGUUUGGCUUACCUUGCGCUGCCGCCGCUGGGGGCGAUAGUGCUGCUGAUACUGGAGAAGAAGAGCGACUACGUCAGAUUCCAUGCCUGGCAGUCAGCGUUGCUUUUCACGGCCAUUUUCGUCUUGCACCUCAUAUUUUCUUGGUCAAGCUUCUUCAGCUGGCUCCUCUUGAUCGGCGACUUGGCCCUGAUCGUUUAUUUGACCGUGCGAGCAUACAGAGAUGUCGAUACUCUUGACAGGUUUGAGAUCCCUAUCGUUGGUCCGAUAGCGAGCAGGAUACUCGAUGAUGAAUGA